CUGUGCAAAGGCAGUUCCACAAUGCUGAGCGUCAUCGAGCAGCAUAAAUAGCAAGCACGAGUGAAUGUGGAGAUUGGGAGGGUAGAGAUUUCAAACAUACUUGGCUCUCCCUGUCUCUUUUCCGCACACCCAUUCCAAAUGCCUUAAGCUUUUGGGUCCCAGGCUGCUUGUUUUUGUCUGCAAAGACCUUUUACUCACAUUCUGGCCAAGUCUGCUGGGUUUUUUCCCCCCACCCUUUAUUUUAUUUUAUUGCCCAAGAAGAAACCUCAUCAACUGGAUUUCACUGAAGUCAGUCAGCAUUUGCAAGGUGGAUUUUAUUGGGCAUUCACUCAAGUCCUUGCAAAUUUGCAUGGAAGCCAUACAGCAAAUAAAUGAAUGCUGUGAGGUAAACUAGGCUGAGAGAGAUUAACAGCCAAUCAAUUUCAUGAAGCUGAAACUUUCAGAUCUCAAGGAUAAAUACAAGACUGAAGAUCACAGAUGUUUCUGACAUUUCAACAGAAAUUAAUCUCAGCUAAGCAGUAUUUCCUUCCGUUCCCCCUUUUCUUCGAAGAGUCAAACAUUUGCCUGCUGCUGAUUGCUCAAGGCAUGUAAAACUAGAACUUUUAUGAGAAUGGAUGGCACUAUCUUCUCCACCAUUAGAGCGGCCACAGACACAGAAACUGGCAGCCCGCUCAGAAGCAACCCUAAUAUUUCUUCCAACAACACAUGGGGUGAGGCCUUCUCUGCCAGCUCUUUGGAGGACAUCGUGGCCACCUGCACCAUCGGGACCAUCCUGUCACUUAUGUGCAUAAUUGGAGUGACGGGCAAUGUCUACACCUUGGUGGUCAUGUGCCACUACAUGAGGUCCUCUGCCUCCAUGUACAUCUACAUCAUCAACUUGGCCCUAGCAGACCUGCUCUACCUUCUCACUAUCCCUUUCAUUGUGGGGACUUAUUUCAUUCAGGAAUGGUACUUUGGAGAUACAGGUUGCCGGAUCCUUUUCAGCCUGGAUUUCCUCACCAUGCACGCUAGCAUUUUCACCUUGAUGGUGAUGAGCACAGAGAGAUACUUUGCGGUGCUGAAGCCUUUGGACACUGUGAAGAGGUCGAAGAGUUAUCGGAAAGCAAUUGCCCUCAUUAUCUGGGUAGCAUCCCUGCUUCUCACCCUGCCAAUGCUGAUCAUGAUCCAGCUAGUGCAAGGGGAAAAGAAUAUCUGCCUCCCCACCUGGAGCAAGUUGUCUUACAAGAUCUACAUCACUAUUCUCUUCUGCACCAGCAUUGUUGGCCCUGGUGUCAUUAUCGGGUAUCUCUACGUUAGAUUAGCAAGAACCUACUGGGUGUCCCAGACCACUUCCUUGAAAGAGACCAAACGGCUGCCCAAUCAAAAAGUCCUCUACUUAAUCUUCACUAUUGUGCUGGUCUUUUGGGCCUGCUUCUUGCCGUUCUGGAUCUGGCAGCUGCUCUUCCAGUACUAUGAGCCUCUUCCCAUGUCUCCUAAAGCCACCAGGAACAUCAACUACCUGACCACCUGCCUGACCUACAGCAACAGUUGCAUCAAUCCUUUCCUCUACACCUUGCUGACCAAGAACUACAAAGAAUAUUUGAGAAACAGGCAGCGUUCUUUUCACAGCAGCCGCAACUACUUCCAGAGAAGGAACCGAUUUCAAAGGAUUUCCGGGAGAUCUUUGUCAACAACCAGCCAGCAUUGUACAGAGACUUUUAUGCUCCCGCCCAUUCCAGGGGGAAGUAAUAGCCCAUGAUGAAAGAAGAGCACUUCCAAAAUCAACUGUCAUCAAAGUCAGAAGAAGAAGAAAGGAAGCAUUACAUUUGAAAGGGAGGGAUUGUAGAAGAGGUACACGGUGGGUUUAGAGUUUUGAUGAUAUUUGUCAUUAUAGUAAAUCAGGAAAAAAAAACUUAUGUAGUUCAUACAACCCAUGAUAUGUCACUGUAAGUUUUGCUUCUUGAAAUUUUAUUAUUCCUAUUGUGAAUAAUAUUCACUCAAGCAGAAUUAUUUGGGAGAUAAGAGUAUUAAUAAAAAACUGUGUUCAUUUGUUUUAUAUUGAAGCUGGAAGGUAGGUGGCACUUUAGUGGAAAUUAAGUUUGAGGGAAAUGUUUGACUUUCUACUGAAUUCGUCUCAGCUAAAUUCAGAUAUAGGGACUAAAAACUUGGGUACAUGUUGUCCGGCAGAUUUCUCAGGACUGGCAGUUGUGAGUCUUGUAGAUACUCUUUAUAUGCACUUACACAUUCAAAUCUGUUUGCCUUUUACCCCUAGCACAUUCUUCACUGAUCAUCUCAAUUGGGGUGCUCUAUGCUUCAAAAAAAAAUUCCAAAUACAUAAUUUGGACCUGAGGAAAAAGUGAUGUGAGUGCUUUAUGGAGCUGACUCAUCAAUGUUAAUAUGAAUCUUAGAACGGCCCCUCUUUAGGAUUUUCUUUUUCAGCUUCCCUCUCAGGAGUUAUUUUAAUAAAUAGUAGAACAGUCCAAAACACUUUUUCCAAAGUGUUUUUUUUUUAAGCAUGCACAGCUCGAGUGUCAAAUAUUAUGUGACAAUAUUAUAAAUGCAGGUAUUUAGUCCUCAACUUACAACCACAACCACAAUUGAGCCCAAGAUUUCUGUUGCUAAGCAAGGCAUUUGUUAAGUGAAUUUUGCCCCAUUUUAUGACCUUUCUUGCCACAGUUGUUAAGGGGAAACACUGCAGUUGUUAAGUUAGCAACGUGAAUGUUAAGUGAAUCUGGCUCCCCCAUUGACUUUGCUUGUCAGAAGGUCGCAAAAGAUGAUCACAUGACCCUGGGACACGGCAACCAUCAUAAGUAUGAACCACUUGCCAAGCAUUUGAAUUUUGAUCACAUGACCACAGGGAUGCCGCAAUGGUCCUAAGGGUAAAAAAUGGUCAGAAGUCACUUUUUUCAGUGCCAUUGUAACCUCGAACAAUCACUAAAUGAACUGUUGUAAGUUGAGGACUACCUGAACAUAAGGUUUACACAAGAAAUAAAGAUUGUUCAAUGAAAACAAAUCAAAGAGAAUACAAUUUAGUGUCUCUGCAAUUAUAACAGCUGCUAUGUAGUAUUUGUUGGUCAACAUAAACAAGAAUUAAAGCAGGUUGUUCUUUAAGAGCCAUGCCUCAUAGCUGGAGAGAAAGUUUCAGUAACAAGUGACUGUGCAAACCCCAUUCAUUUCUUUUAGAAGGAAGUCUACGAGAUCCAGCAUUUCUGUGUACAAACAUUUUAUGACGCAACCUGUAAUAUUGCCAUAAAUCCAUAAAUAGUGGGUGUUUUUUGUUUUUUUAAAAAAACUUUUUGCUCUUAGGACCACUUACUACUUUUAAAAGUUACGGAGGAUCUCCAAAAGAGCUUUGGUUUAUAUGGGUAAUAUUUAUAUUUGCCAUAUAUUAGAAAUUGAAAUUGAUGCGUUCAUGGAAUAAUUAUUUAUUAAAUCAUGUAAAAAUAACACUAUUAAAUUCAUGAGAUGUUAACAUAAAUAAAAUAUUGAUCAUAAAAAGCCGUAUAUUUUAAUAAAUUUUAAAAAAUGAAAAGUGUGCCAUUGUUUUAAAUGUUUGCAAGUAUCUUCAAUAGCUUGCAAAUAAUUUUGAUUGCAAGGACCCUCGGAGAGUGGGUGGGGGCCUCCAUAGGUUCUAGAAUUCCCUUUUAAAAAACCCAGCCAUAAGCACUUUAAUACUUGUAUUCUUACCUUGUGAAUUUUUUAAAAAAACCCAAUUUUGUAGCAAUGCUGCUAGAGAAUUGUGGCAUUUUGAAAUUCUGUAAUGUUUCCCAUGUAACUGAAGGUGUGCUUUGUAUCUUUUUCUUUUCUUUUUAGUGGGAGUUUGGUUCCAAUAUUUUUACCUUGCCAGGUUCUACAUGUCAAUGCACAGCAUGUCCAUUAUUUUUUUUACAUCAUAAAAAAUAUAGAUACUCCGUCAUUAGCAGUCAUCCGUAAUAUGAUAUGGAAAGUGGUCUCUAGAAGAACCUUGAGAUUUUUCUGGUCAUGAAGCAAGGAAUGCAUUUGCUGGUUUUCAAUAUUAUAAAAGUUGGUGGUGGAGGGGGGAGAGAACGAUUAUCCCAUUACUACUAAAUAGAAAAUCUCCAGCCCAAUAUAAUACAUGGCUUUACCAACCAUAAUAUAAUAGGGCUGCGCAAGUUCUUUGGAAGAAAAAAAAUGAUACUUCCUUCCCUUCCU